CGCUUUUCCCCCCAUCAAAAACCAAACGCGCUGGUUUUUCUUUCAACCCUGCCAUCGUUUUAACAAAAAAACAUGAACCUCGGUCUCUGUAUCGGUCUUAGGUAGGCUUUUAGUUUGUGUUUCCUGUCGGACAUUAACUAACACGCCCAUCAAACGAUCGCUCUCAUCCGAAUCAUAAACUCAUAAUUUACUGAGGCGUUCAGGAAUAUGAAGAUUGCAGCUGUCUUAUUUUUCUCCCUGUUCUUGGCUGACGGUGUGGUUGGUUUUGACACGGAUGGCGUGAAGUCGGUAUCGGUGAUGGAGGGAGAUUCGGUCACUCUACAAACUUGCCUUAACCAAAUGCAGAAAUAUAACACCAUGCUGUGGAAGUUUGAGAACGCUCUCAUAGCUAAAUUCAGCAAGGAUUCCCAAACGUUCCCGAUAAAAGAUGGCAACGAUGGGCGGUUCAGAGAUAGGCUGGAGUUGAGCGAUGAGUCUGGAUCUCUGACCAUCAGGAACGUCAGAACUAACCACUCCGGGUUGUACGAAGUGGUCAUGAUGGGCACCAGCGGCUCCUCAAACAGGAGAUUCAAUGUGACUGUAAUUGGCCUGUUCGAUCCAGACGGAGAUCAGAUAAAGCGCGUAUCGGCAGAGGAAGGAGGAUCCGUUACUCUGAACACUGAUUUUAAAGUACAGAAAGAUGAUCUGAUGCUGUGGAAGUUCGGACGAGCCACCAAAGGCUGCGUGUACAAUCCGCUCCAUCACGUCCCGUGUCGGAGUGACGCGACCGCCAUCGCUAAAAUAGACGGAGAGACCCGUGAGGUGUCGCUAGAUGCCGGUGACGGUGAGAUGUUUAACAACAGACUGAAAAUGGACAAGCUGACCGGAUCUCUGACCGUCACAAACAUCAGACCUGAACACUCUGGGUUUUAUACACUCCGGAUCAGUAAUAACGCUGGGACCAGAUACAGGACAUUCAACGUUACUGUCAGUGCUGUUGCGAAAUCCCACUCCCAUGUAGCUUGGAUGCCAAUCGCUAUAGUGCUUUUGUUGGUGGUGGCGGUUGGGUGUUUGGCCGUGGGCUUUAAAAACCGGCGCAACAGGAACUUUUUGUGCGGGACGCGGAGGUUAUAUAACUCCUGUCGAUCCACAGGGGCGCAGGAAUCGGAAUUGUUAACAAAACCAGUGAAAGAGGGAGAAUCUGUCACUCUCAACACUGAUCGUAGUGAGCUACAGAGAGACGACGUGAUAGAGUGGAAGUUUGAAGGCCGUGUCAUAGCAAAAAUCAGCAGAGCGGCUAAUAAGAUCUGCCAGAAGACUUACGAUAGUGCUGAUGGGGAGUUCAGAGACAGACUGGAGCUGGAUGGUAAGACUGGAUCUCUGACCAUCACAAACACCAGAACCACGGAUUUUGGAAAAUAUCAACUAAAGGUUGUCUCCAAUGGAAAAGUUGAAGUAUACAGGAUAUUCAGGGUUUCUGUCUGUGAUCCGGGUCAAAACACACAUUGAAGAAAAACUUAUUACAUAUGCUGUUAUUUGCCUUUAACACCAUUUCACAGUCAUGAAUAAAGAACCAACCCUGUGCAUUAUA